AAAAAAAAAAAAAACAUAGCAUAUAUACCCAACAAGGACCAGCGACGUACUGGUACAUCACGCGACUAUGAAUAGUUAUACAAGGAUGAUGCCUACAGCUGCAGGCAUCAUCCUGCGGGAAACGAUGCCCCCUCUCCCCCGCUGCCUUUCACAGCCUUCUAGGGCAGUCCUGUGCCAUCGGGGGAACCUGAGAAUGCAGCUGGUGUUUCUGCCAGAUGACCAUAGAGCUGACUGGAGACCGGAAUGGUGCCAAUCAUCUCUAUAGUCUAAGCAAACAGAAGAUAUGAGCAU